CUCUCUCUCUCUCCCUCUCUUGCGACCGUUGCCUCGUAUUCCCGACCGUACCUCUUUCCCUUUCGCCUCCCAUCUCUCUCUCUCUCUCUUUUGGUGCUGCCACCGAAGAGAAAUAAGCGAGAGCAAAAGAAAGGGGAAAUUUUGAAGAGGAAAUGGGGGAGAAGCCGCCGCUGCUGCUGCCCUUCUUCUUAUGCUUCUUCUUGCCGUUCUCUCUGCUUGCGGGCACGGCCAUCGCCAAGUCGACGAUCGAGCCGUGCACGGGAACGGACUCCUGCCCGGCGCUGCUCGGCUACAGGCUCUACGCCGACCUCAAGGUCUCCGAGGUGGCUGCCCUCUUCCAGGUUGACUCGGUUGCCCUCCUUGCCGCCAACUCCGUCGAUUUCUCCGUCCCCGACGUCGAGAACCGCAUCCUCCCAUCCGGACUCUUCCUCCGCGUCCCCGCCGCUUGCUCCUGCUCCGGCGGCAUCCGCCGCUCCCUCUCCACCCGCUACACCGUCCGCCCUGCCGACACUCUCGCCUCCAUCGCCGCCUCCGUCUACGGCGGCCUCGCCUCCUCCGACCAGAUCCAGGAGGCCAACAACAUCCAGGACCCCUCUGCCCUCGACGCCGGCCGCACCCUCGUCAUCCCCCUCCCCUGCACUUGCUUCAACACCACCGACAACUUCCUCCCCGCCGUAUACCUCUCCUAUGUCGUCCGCCAGGGCGACUCCGUGCCCGCCGUCGCCGCCCGCUACUCCACCACUGUUACGGACAUCAUGAACGUGAACAACAUGGGUAGCCCGUCGGUCCAGCAGGGGGACAUUCUCUCCAUACCGCUUCCAGCGUGUGCGUCAAUGUUUCCAAAGUAUGCCUCAGAUUAUGGCUUGAUUGUAGCUAAUGGGACCUAUGCCAUUACUGCUAGUCACUGUGUUCAAUGCAGUUGUGGACCUGGAAAUCUCAAUUUGUACUGUACACCAGCAUCACUAGCAGUGUCAUGUUCAAGCAUGCAAUGCAGUAACAGUAGUCUUAUGCUUGGAAAUUAUACUUCCCAACAGACUGCUGCUGGUUGUAGUGUUACCUCAUGUAAUUAUGGUGGUUUUGUUAAUGGAUCAAUCAUCACUAGAUUGAGCACAUCUCUUCAACCUCGAUGUCCAGGGCAACAUCAGUUUCCUCCGGUCAUACCGCCACCAACCACGGUACUGCAUGACUCAUUUCUUGUGCCAUCACCAUCGCCAGCCGAAGCAGGUGGUACAAUUACAACCCCCAGGUCUUUGACGCCAGGAACGUUUACACUCCCUGGUGUUUCUCCUGCCUUCAGCCCAACCGGAAGCACUUCUAGGGCCUCUUCUGUUAGACCAUUAAGCCACACUCUAUGCUUGUUUGCCUCAUCUUUGGUUUUGCUCAUGCUCCUGUUUUAGAUGGUCUUGUUUCUUCAUCUCUCGGUAGUGGCAUGCAAAUUUCCUUGUGGUUUUUUGGCGAGCUCGUUUGAUGCAUCUGACAUUGUCAAGACUAACAUUUUACAUGUAGCCGAACAAAUAGCUGUAGCAUUUUUAUGAACUCGUCUUCCGCCUAA